AAAGCUGUGCUUCGGUAGCCUGAAGUGAAAGUGAAAGUGGAUGAGUUACUGAGUUAUUACAUGUAAGACCAGGAGCAUUAUUCUCUGGUAACUGUAAUAACCCUGAGUCUGUGUAGGAAAUAGAGGCGUUGUUGGACACUGGAGCAGACACUCUACUUGGACUUUCCAGCGGUGCACAUUCUUCAUACGGACAUCCAGCCAGAAACACGAUCCACCACCAUCAUGAUUUCCAAGGCCGUAAAAUCCAUGUUGAAGGAAGUAGAUUCUAACGGUAGCCUGAUUCCAGUGUCCAGUCUGAACGACAGCUCUGGUAAACUGAAUCUCCUCUCACUCAUUGUGAAGACCAGGCCCAGAUGUGGAUGCUUCUGGCAGGAACCGAAAUACCAGUCCAGAGGCUUUUCCCUGAGUGAUGUGCUGAAACCCGGAGAACCUGAAGACAAACCUUUAAACCCAGAUGUGAAGGAGUCUGACUUCGUGGACCACAGUGGGACAUUUGCUGACAAGAAAGAAAUGAAGGCAGGAGGAAAUGUGGAGGGAUUGUUGGCUGAUUUAAAACUUAACUUGGGCUUAAAAUGCAUCAACGAACAAGAGUCGUCCUUUGGAAGACUGAAGAAGGAGGAGGUGAAAGUGAAGGAGUUGGUUAACUACUCGAAAGACAAAGUUCUGGACAUGACCCACCCUGUGAUCAAGCAGACCCAGGAGAAGCCCAGGGCAAUAUUAGGGGUGUUGACGGAGAGGAUUAUGACAUCACAACCUUGCCCGGUCACAAACAAAGUCCGUAAGCAUGGCAAUGCAGCAGCCAAGAUGAGCUCCUGCGUGGCCCUGAGCGUUAAGGCCUCUAUGAAGCAGAGCGGCAGUACUCAGACAGAUAGUGAUGUGUCACUGAAGAUUCCUGAAUAUACUGUCGUGGCCUUCAGUCUGAUUGAACUCAAGGUCAAACGCAAUGGAAAGUUUGAGCUGUGCCUCUUCUCCAACAAUGGGGGCUUUGAAAAGGUUAGGUCAAAUUACGAGAUUGAAGAGGAUGGAUUUAUGGACCUGGUAGGCGACUUUGAUGCCAACAGCCCCUUAAAUCUGAACAAAGAACUGGAGAAACUGAGUUGUCAUUUCCAGCUGCUGUCAGUCCUGCCAGCAGACACACGUUCCUCUCUGCUCCAGCUCCUCAAGACAACCAUGGAGGACAGAGAGGCAGUCAGUGCGCUGGAGAGUGUGCUGGAUCAGUUGUGUGAAGGUGAGACUCCUGACCUGGGUGAUCUGGAAGAGUCUGAGAGGGAAACAGUCCAGGCCAUACUGGAUCUUGUAGACCAAUGUGUUGGGAAGGAUGAGGACGAGAUCCGAUCCUCACUUCUCAGUGCCGUCCACCUCAUUGUCAGUGCCAUGGACGGAAUGACAGAUGAAGGUCUCUCUGUGUUGGGAUCCUGUUGCAGUCCUCCAGUCUUACAGGCCCUGCAGAUCCUGGUGCAGCAUGUGGCAGCAGGGAGUGAGGAGACCCUCUCUCUGAGAGAUGCAGGUCUGGCUGUUCUGACUGAGGAGGAGCUGUAUCAGAGGACAGAGAGUCUCUUUGGUCACUCUGAAGUUACACUGAAGAGAGAGGAGGACACACUGAGGACAGAGAUGAAGGACCAGCCUGGAUACCUUCCUCUAGUCAUGAGUAUCGCUGUGAAUGGCCUGGCCUCUUUAGGAAAGAUUUAGCUGAAUAGAAACAUUCCUUGUGCUACAAAGUGGAUAUAUAAACUGCACCGCCAGGGAUGAAUUUCAGAAAUGUCACAUUUUAUAAUGUAUUGUUGACGAUUGCAAAGAUACUUGGAGCAGGAGUAAAAAGUAUAAAAAACAAGAUAAUGCACGUGAAGAAAAAUGUAUAAAACAAUAUGUGCUAUAGCUGGUAUAUUAGCGUCCAUGUGUUCCUAAUGUUAUGGUUUCAGAUGGUGUUACAGGAAUUAAAUUCCUCUGUUUUAUAACCAAUUAAAAUUAAUCACUCUGUCAAUUCAUAA